AUGGAGGGGCAGCGCUGUGCCGGGCGGUUCGAUACAUGGCUGGCCAGCUUCAUGGCUCCGCGGCCCGAGGACGAGCAGUACUGGGAGGCGGAAGGAGCAGACGGGAGGACGAGCGCCCCCUGCCGACGGCUGCUCCACAUGUGUGAUGAAAUCCUGUUGCAGAUUUUGGAUCUCCUUGACCCUUUCUCUCUGCUCCGUGUUGGCGGCGUGUGCAGCACACUGUAUCGGGUCAGCAGCACAGAUAGCCUGUGGGCCAAGCACUGCAGGGCUGCUUUUGGCUCUGGCUUUAGGAUGGGUUGUGCUGGCUGUGCCCCCAAACAAGCCUUUAAGCUUCUGUACAUGUGGAGGAAGUUGUACAAGACCCUGCCUUAUAACAGACAAUUACAGGACUUGUUUUUUUCUGGACUUCUUCCGAAAAAAUACUGGGUACAGUGGCUCACACUUGAAGAAAUUGUUCCGCUCCCUUCUGUCCAACUCCCUGGUCAUGAAAUUGAAGAAAUCUGGGGAAUAACAAAAGAUCUGCUUGAUGAAAAACAUAAAGUUGCAGAGGAGUCUUUGGAAGUAGUACAUGACACGGUGUACAAAUAUGAAUGGAAGGAAUUACAUAAAAUGGCACUCUUGCACCAUAGGGAAUACACAAAUGUGCAAUCAUACGUACUUAAAAGAAUGAGCUCUGAAUACUGUGAUUUGGAGCGGCAUUAUUGCGAAUACAGCACAAACCGUUUCCAGUGGCUAUUUUCCUAUUGGCUCUUUGGCCUUUCUAAGUCAUGUGGUAAACAGCUGCAGAGAAUUUACCUGUGGUGGCAAAGGUUUGAUAAGAGGAUAGUAUCUCGUUGGGGUUCUACUGACUCUGAUGUCAAGUAUCUUGCAUCUCUUCAUUACAUAACCGAUGACUUCUGGAAUGGAAAGCUGGCCAAUGGAGAUGAACAUUUAGGUAUUCAAUCGGUGGAGAACUACUUUUCGAUGUGCAGGUCUCUCUUGGCUUGGAUUCUUGGCCGGAAAUGGGGAAGAUUUAAACAAAAGAAGGUCUACAAAGAUGCACUAGAAGGAGUGUACCGUAUGCUGAAACAUGAGCUACAAGUUUCCAUGGUUAAUCAUGAUAAGUUUUGGAUAGCUGCUAAAGUCCAGAUGUCCAGAAUCUGCAGCCUAGAGAAAAUUGCUGGCAACUAUGUGAACUGGAAGAUAAUUGAUGUACUGCCGUGUUACAGGAUGUUUAUGUCCUCUGGAGAUUCCUUCUAUCUAGAGCAAAUCAAAGGCUUCCUGUUUAGAAAGCAACUAAUAAACAACUGGAUCCUUCAAGAGGAGAACUUCUGGGUGAGCAGUCUUCUCCCAGAGUGCCUUUUCCAGCUGCUGGAAUAUGACACCAAAAUCUAUGAAGAGAACCUACAUGGAGAUACAGUGGGAUCCCACUUAAGCAGAUUAAUCUGGCUCUAUCUACAUUCUGGUCAGCAGCUCUACAUGGAUGCCAUAAAGGGUUUUGUUUAUGAAUGUGCUUAUGCAAGCUAUGCAUCUCAGAUCUAUGAAAGUGUGAGCUUAGCAGCCUAUGUGGGCAUUUUAAGAUUUUAG